UAUUCCUGAGUGAUCUGUGCCUCUCUUGUCUACAUGAUUCUGGGCCCGGCAGUCCUCCCCCGCCUCUCCCGCUCCUUCCUGCAGGGAUUGCCCCACCAAUCGCAGGGGGCUAAUUAGAUAGCCAGAAGAACACAGACUUAAGAGAGGAAGUACAUCUUGAAAACACACUUGUCUGUGUGGUACUGCUCAAGGCAGAGUAACAAUGGAGGAGAUGUACCUUCUGAACCUCCCAGGAGUCAGGAAGAAGAUCCUGGCUGGAGGCACAGGACCGCUGCCCCACUUUCCACCUGGGACAAAGCUGGUUUUCAAUUUCCAGACACUGCUGGACAAUUUUGAGCGAACCGUCAUCGAUGACAGUCGACUGGCUGGUAGGCCAGCUGAGAUCUUUGUCGGAAAGAUGUUCAAGAUGGAAGUCUGGGAGACCCUGCUGAUGUCCAUGAGGAUCGGAGAGGUGGCUGAGUUCUGGUGCGAUGCCACUCACACAGGCUUGUACCCAAUGGUGUCCAAGGGAAUGAGGCUGAUCGCUCAAGGGAAAGACCCCCUAGAGGGCCAGAGGCACAUGUGUGGCAUGGGAAACAUGUUCCACUAUCAUUCCACUGGUUUCCCAGAGCUGGAUGAGCUAAUGAGAACUCCUCAGCCACUUAUAUUUAUCAUGGAGCUGUUGCAGGUAAAGUCGUGGAUGAUGGAAAAGGAUGAGAAGCUGCAGAUAGUACCAGGUCUUCACAUGCAGGGCAAUGUGCUGGUCAAGCAGAGACAAUUCAGAGAGGCUGCCAGCAAGUACAAAGAGGCCGUCCUGCUGCUGAAAACAGUCCAGUCCAGAGAGAUGCCGGGUGAUAUAGACUACAUUAAUUUGGGUCGAAUGAUUGUCCCCUUGGAGUUGAACUACUGCCAGUGUAUGUUGGAGCUGGAGGAGUAUUAUGAAGUUAUAGAGCACACCACCGAACUGCUGGAGAAACACAAAGACUGCGUGAAGGGCUACUAUAAGAGAGCCAAGGCCCACGCUGCUGUGUGGAAUGAAAAGGAAGCCCGGAAAGACUUCAACAUGGUGGCCCAACUGGACAUCACUCUGGCUUCUCUGGUCAAUCGAGAGCUGAAGGCCCUGUCAGAGCUCAUGAAGGAGAAGUACUGGGAGGAGAAGGAGAAAUACUGGAAUAUGCUGGAGAGAAAGAAAAACAAAAAUGAAGAGGAAGAGGAGGUGGAAGAGAAAGGAAACCAAGAAGAUAGUGAAAGUGUGACCGCAGAGAGUAAAGAGGGAGUGGGGGAAGAAAAAGGUGAAGAAGAAUCUCCAUCCAAAUGUGCUGAAGUCCAUCAAGAGGACCUCGGAGGAAAUAAGGUUAAACCAACUGAGGGAACAGGUAACGAAGAAGAAGCGACAUCUUCUGAGAUCAAUCCAAAUGCUUCCAAUAAAUUCGAGGGGAUCGACUGGCAACAGAUGUUACGACUGGUCAUGUUGCUGCAGAAAGAGGGGAACUUCCUCAUUAAAGAAAAACACUUUCAGGAAGCUUCUGCAAAGUUCAAGGAGGCCAUAGAAUAUGUGGAUGUCCUUCAGAAUACGCAUGUGGAUCAACAGGGAGAGGAUUGGCAGUCGCUGGAAAAAGUGCGCCUUCCGCUGACCCUCAACCUCAGCCAGUGCUUGCUGGAGCUCAAACAAUACCAGCAAGUGGUGGAGCUCAACAACAAGCUGCUGAAGAAGCAUAAAGGUAACUUUAAGGCAGUGUACCAGCGGGCACGAGCACACGCCGCAUUGUGCAACGAGGAUGAAGCUCGGAGGGACUUUGGUAUGGUGGAGAAAUUGGACCCACAAUUCAAACCCUUCGUCCGCCAGGAAUUAAAAAAACUGUGUGAGAGCAUGCGUACGGUACACGCCCGCCAGAAUAAGACUUACUGGGAUACGACGCAGGAGAAGUGGGGGCCUGGUGGAAGCAAGUCAAAGAGUGCAGCAAGAAAGAAGAACGUCAAAUUCUCACAGAAGGCCACUGAGGAAAAAACUAAAGCAGAUAAGAAGACAGAGGGCAGUAAGAUAGAAGGCAAGGAAAGCUCAGAGAAACCCGCCCCUGCUGAGACAGAGGGAGUGGAUGAAGCAGAAACAGAGAAAAAUCCAGAUGUGAAAACAGAGCAGAGCAAUAAAGAGCUAGAGAGUGGGAGAGCGAGUGGAGAGGGGUUAGAUGAUGAAAACAUGCAGAGUGCCGUGGUUCAUGAGGACAGGCAGGGUGCACCAGAUAAUCGAGCAACGAAUAAAGAUAGCGAUCCCGCUCCCACCAGCACAGGCACAGAUAAUGUAGUGAGCAAGAGAUCGGCGAGCGAUAAGGGCAGAAAGAAGGUCAAAUGCCAAUCAAGUGCUGCACUGGGCCCAAGCAGAACAAGCCAAGGGAACAAAGCCACCAGUGAUAAAACAGCAAAUGGUGGUACUCAAUCAGCAUAGCGCAAUGGGUUGGAAUUGUCUUGUGCAGAGCCGAAGGGUAAGCUGAGGGCAGAGAGACAAAUCCUAAAAAAGAACAGCACUGUGGAUGUAGAAAGUAAAACAAGACAAGUAAUAAACAGCCAAGCCUCAAGUCUCAACAGGAAAUAUUGAUUCUGCUACAUACACAUCAAAAUAUAAACACAUUAAUAUAAACAGUCACAUUUGGCACCAUUCUUUUAGUUUCAUUAUUAAAUUCUCAAAGGGAUAACUGCAGCCACAUUUUUUUUUUUAAAAGCACAGGCAGACAAGGAGUUUGCCAAAUACAAAGUUUUUAUUUCUGUACACAAAGAGUAGAAAGCAGCCAGUAACCCACUUGUUAUUACAGUAAAAAGCCUUUCUUCAGAAAACUUUUUAUACAGAUUAAAAACUCCAGAGAAAAGACAGCAAGAAGUGUUUGAGUGUUGGACGAUAACAUCAAAUCAAAACCAUUAAACGAAAAACAUUUGAACGAUUAAUGAGGUAUAUUAAUGGUGAUACAAAGAAAAAGAAACCUCAGUUCACCAGUAAGGUAUGAGUGUGUGUCUAUGUGUUAGUGUUAUCAACACUUUGUUUGAGGUUAGGUGAAUCAUAGUCCUGACGUGACAUACAAAACGCACAUGUCCUUAUUACAAGCUUAGGUGCAUGAUAGCAAACAAGGAGGGUGUGACGCAAAGGACAGGAGAGUAAUGAUCGGAGCUGUUUGUAUUUUGGCUGGCUACAUGCGGUAAGAGAAGUCUGGGGAGUGAUAGCAGUGUCCUCGGGGGUGACUCUCGCCUUUGUGAAGAGCCUUCUUUUUUUCUUCUUCAAUCACACAGCUUCAGUCACGCCACAGGGAGCAGGGUAUGUUUUAAUGUGUACAGGGAGCUACCACCAGUAUAGAAAUUUGAAUGGGUCAGACCUCAGAUGAUCACAUAGUCAAGAGAUGAGACUCUGUGGGACUCCCCUGCAGCUGGAUGACCAUCAAAGUCAAUGUGGGCGCUGGUAUCAAACAGAAGGAGAGUGAAAUGUGGGGACAAACUGUGUAUAGUAAUUUAACCGACUAUUGUAUUUAUUUCAACCUUCCUCCUCUAUAUUGGCUUAAAAUAAACUCUAAAAUGCAACCCUACGGGGAAUGUCUCCUCUUCUUGUCUUUUUUUUUCACACUGCCACUGUUAUAUCAUUUUUGUGUACCCACAUACAAAACUAUGGCGAUAACUGUGUGAGGCUGCCGGGUGAUCAUCAAUUUGU